AGCCAUUCGCAUGCCCUCGAGACCCAAAUAGAGUCUGAGGUGGCGGAACAGAGCGAGCUGCGCCAACGACUUUCUCGUCUUCAGUCUGAACUUAAUCAGGCUGUUGGAGAUCGCCAACGCAAUCUAGUAGCGCUAGAGCACCUAGAGCAAUUGCUAGGUGAUUUUUCUGGAACCCAAGAUAACUUAAAGACUUGCUCUGACACAUUAGAAUCAGCCGGGGGAAUGCUGACAGUUCAACUACAAACAAGUGAUGCUGAGCCUUUGCCGAUUGCAGCAGACGUGGUAAACACAAAUUGCUCUGCUUCACAAAACCAAGACGAUUUGCGGAUGUCUCGGAUGAUGGCGCAGGUAUGA